AUGUCUGCAGUUCAACUCGAUUUGCAAGACAGAUGGGUCUUAAAAAUGUAUGGAUGGAUGAACAAGAACGUUAAGUGGAUUUGCCCAACUGCUCCUAGACGCCCCCUUACUAUCCUAGGUGGAAUGGAAACCAAUGCAUGGUUCGAUAUCGCAGAACUUUCUGAAAACAUGCAAGAUGAUGUGGCGUCAUUAAAUCAUGCUGCUUUAUCUAUUGCUAACCUUUUAUCUGAAGAACCCACAAACGUGAUGAUAGGAAUAGGAGGUAUCGGCUUUGGUGCAGCGCAAGCUCUCUACCUUGCGAGUAAGGGUUGUUAUGACACUAAUCAACGGCUUCAAAUAAAGCCACGAGUUGUUAUAGGGCUCAAUGGUUGGCUUCCUGUCUGGAGGUAGCGUCUUCGAG